AUGCGAAUCGGCCUAUCAUGCAACAUCGCCGCUGAAGAAAUGAUUUCUACAUUCGACUACCUUGCAAUCGGUAAGCUGUGGCCGUCAACACAUUGGUCUGCUUUGGAGCAGCCACAGGCAGAUCCAUGGUGUCGACUGUGUCUUGUCAUCCGUUUAACCAACACGCUAGAUGAACCGGUGAAGUCCUGUCCGGGGUCUCUCAGGCCUGCGCACACCCAUCACGCGAGUUGGACAUAUGAGCGUGUGGUCUUAACCACUUCCCAUAGCAACGCCUUCGGUCCGUCGUUACGCGAAAUUUCCGAAAUCGAAACGAAUGUCUGCGUCACGGUGGCGGAUACGAUCAUGCUGUGUGACAGGUUUGUUAGGCUUUCCAAAGGUAAUUUUGCAGUCAAGAAUAUUAGCCAGCAAGUCAUCAUCAUUAUCGACAGCAUGACAUCAGUGUUCAACACCAAUGCUUCACUGCCGUAA